AUGACGCUCUUUUUUUUUGCAGAAAAAUAUAACGAGCAAUUCGUUACGCAAACAAUCGAAAUCAAGCAACCCUCGUUGCCAUUUCGGGAGCUUAUCUUGAAAUAUGGUGGUGCAAAGAAAGAGGCUGAUAAGAAAAAAGAAAAACAACAUCGAUCCAGGAAAACAACCACCACCACCACCAGUGUACCGGAAGAACCGAUACGGAAAAAGGAUCGUUCCUGUAGCAAUCCACCACUGAGUAAACUGAAAAUUCCUCGAUCACUUGUGGAAAACGAGAAACGACGCAGCAAGAAUAAAAAGUCCGCUUCAUCUGACAAUUUGGUAAAUUUGGUGCAAAAAUCAGCUCCGAUGCAGACAAAUAAAGUGUCACCACCAGUCACUGAACAGAAAACAACUGUAUUGCCGGAAACGAAGCAAUCCGCUUCAUCUGACAAUUUGGUAAAUUUGGUGCAAAAAUCAGCUCCGAUGCACACAAGUAAAGUGUCACCACAAGCCAUUGAACAGAAAACAGCUGUAUUACCGGAAGCGAAGCAAGUGGAAAUAGCAAAUUUCGAGCCUUCUACAUCAGCGGAUUCGAAUUAUUCGGAUUCGGAUAUCUCAAAAACCACAACCAUGAGCAUGGAUACUGGAAAUUCGACAACACCAAGUGCUGAGAAUGAUGCCGUGGUAGAAAAGCACUAUGAUUUCGAGUUUUUGAUUCGUCUACAAAAGAAAUUAAUAACCCUGGAUGAUCCGAGCAAACUUUGUGCAAUUGGAGAUGCUCUGCUUACGCCAGCUUCAUCAGGUGUCGGUUUACCGCCCGAUGUAUUAUUUUCGGACAAUAAUAUUUUGUCGUUUGACAUUUGCAAGUUGAAUUCAGUGGUGAUCGGAAAAUUAAGUGAAAUUUGCUUUGGCAAUGCUUAA